AUGUCAGUGCCCACCUUUGUGAGACACUCUGCCUCCUCCUUGCCUUCUCUACAGAACCAAGAGGUUAUGUAUGAGACAAGCAGAGUGCUUCAGACUUGGGAUCCCCAGACAAAGGGCCUGGCGCUGGUACUGGUGCCAGGAUGUUCACGUGUCAGGUUGGGGAUUGUGCUGGUGUUGAUUCUGAGUUUCCUGCCAAGCUUGUGCUGUGACCUGGGGUCAGUAUAUUCCUCAUCCUAUGAAAUAGUCAUCCCCAAGGCUCUGACAGUUGAGGGAAGGCAAGACCCAGAGGAAGAGGCAUCUUAUGUGGUAUCUAUGCAGGGCGAGAAACAGCUGAUUCACCUGAAAGUGAAGACUGACUAUUUUAUCAAGAACUUUCCAGUCUUCAGCUACCACAAUGGCAUUCGGGGACAAGAAAUGCCUUUCAUCUCACAUGACUGUCACUAUGAAGGCUACAUAGAAGGAGUCCCGGGUUCUUUUGUUUCUGUCAACACCUGUUCAGGCCUCAGGGGCAUCCUGAUUAAGGAGGGAAAAUCCUAUGGCAUUGAGCCCAUGGACUCUUCAAAACAGUUUGAACAUGUGUUGUACACCAUGGCCCAUCAAGCUCCAGUCUCCUGCAGUGUCACUUCCCAAGACAGCCCAGUGGUGUCCACCAGCCGACAACAAGGGAGCAGGAAGCCUGGCAGUCUACAGGAGCUGUCCUCCUUGUGGUCACUCACCAAGUACGUGGAGAUGUUUGUUGUGGUCAACAACCAGCGGUUCCAAAUGUGGGGCAGUAACGUCAAUGAGACGGUCCAGAGAGUGAUGGACAUCAUUGCCCUGGCCAACAGCUUCACUAGGGGGAUAAACACACAGGUGGUGCUGGCUGGGAUGGAGAUUUGGACCGAGGGGGACCUCAUAGAGGUCCCUGUGGACUUGCAAGUUACACUUGGAAAUUUCAACAAGUGGAGACAAGAGAAGCUCCUCCAUCGUGUGAAGCAUGAUGUUGCCCACAUGAUUGUCGGACAGCAUCCUGAGCACGGUAUGGGACAGGCAUUUCUCAGUGGUGCCUGUUCCCGUGGUUUUGCAGCAGCUGUUGAAUCCUUCCCUCAUGAAGAUGCCCUCCUGUUUGCAGCGCUCAUGGUCCAUGAGCUUGGGCACAACUUGGGUAUUGGGCACGACCACUCAGCCUGCAUUUGUAAAGACAAGCACCUCUGCCUCAUGCGUGACAAUAUCGCUAAAGAAAGCGGCUUCAGCAACUGUAGCUCUGAUGACUUCUACCAGUUCCUCCAGGAUCACAGAGGGGCCUGCCUAUUUAACAACCCUCAGCGGCACAAAGGCCGCUUCCGUAGAGCCACGUGUGGAGAUGGUAUGUUGGAUGACGGUGAGGAGUGUGACUGUGGUACUGAAUGUAACACAAACAAUUGCUGUGAUGAUAAAUGUUUGCUGAAGGCUGGUUCAAAGUGUAGUACAGGACCUUGUUGUAAUGAUAAGUGUGAAUUUCAACCAAAGGGCUUCGUUUGUCGUGCUGCUGAUGGAGAGUGUGACCUCCCAGAGUAUUGUGAUGGUACCAAUGCAAAAUGUCCUGAAGACUUCUAUAUGCAAGAUGGUACACCAUGUAAUGAAUAUUACUGUGUAAAAGGUGUGUGUAAGAACCCUAAUACCCAAUGCAAAGAAUAUUUUGGGACCUCUUCAAAAUCUGCUGGAGAUGAGUGUUAUGAAAUGGUAAACAGGGUUGGAGACCGGUUUGGAAACUGUGGCCUUCCUACUGCUACUAACCAAGACUAUGUUAAGUGUACAAAAGACAAUAUGCGGUGUGGGAAAAUUUUAUGUACAGAUAUUAGAAAUAUGCCAAAAAUCAAACCCUUUCAUACAGCGAUCCAGAUUCCUAUUUCUGAAAACUACUGCUGGGCCAUGAAUCACUAUGACCCUGCUGAUGAAGAAGAAAACGGAAAUGUGAACUAUGGCACGGCUUGUUCCCAAGGCAAAGUCUGCGCAAAUGCAUCCUGCACUGAUUAUGCUGUGCUCAAGUAUGACUGCAAUGUAAAAGCAAUGUGUAAUGAGAAAGGAGUUUGCAAUAAUUUGAAGCACUGCCAUUGUAAGACUGGCUAUGCACCCCCUGACUGCAGAAAAAUGGGAGAAGGGGGUAGUUUGAACAGUGGUCCCCCUGAUAAGCUACCUGAUGAAAAGCCAACAGCGGGUGGAGUUGAUACCACUACCCAAACAGAAAAACCUGAAAGUAUCUUAGACACUAUUACUUUAUCAUUCGUAAUACUUUUUCUCAUAAUAUUAGCAGCUGCCAGUAUUACCACGUGCGUCCUUUGUCUAGUUUUCAAAGAAAAGCCUGGAGAAAAGAAGCCUCCAGAAGAGAAACCUCCAGAAGGAAAGCCUCCAGAGGAGAUGCCUCCAGAAAAGGCUGCCCCAGAAGAAGAGGGAGAAGGGGAGGAGGAGGAAGAUGAUGAGGGAUAA